GGAGUCAUCUGGUUGGCUCAUGCGGACUCGUUGGAGACGUUGAGAUGGCGGACAAAGCGAGUAUAAACCAGCCCGGUCCUCCUCCCUCUGCUGCCCUCUCUGUUUGUUUGCCUCUCCCACAGGAAACAUCGGACAGAAGUUCCUACCUUCGGUGCUCAGCUUUUCUCGGCCUUCUUUUCCAUUUUUCCCCUUUGGCUCUGCCCUUUCCAUUCUUGCCGGCUCCCAUUGUCCUACGACACAGAAAACGCUCACUUUGCCAUUCUUCUCUAUUCAUCGUCCAGCGGGCCCUAUUGUUGCACCCUGAACAAAGAGAUCGAGCCUGGUUUGCUCGUUGUCACACGUCCCAUUCUGCGACUUGGACUUGUUUCCUUCUUCCUCGAGACCCGCCCGCGGCUGUUGCAUAUAAACGAGACACCCGGCUGCUUCCAUUCCACGCUCACUUUGACCUGGACUCCAAGACCCAGACGUUAUCUCAACUUUCAGCACACCACAUCGCGAACCACAUCGCGAACCACAUCAGACUCAAAUAACCACUCACAACGACGUCACAAUGCCGUCCUUCUUCCAAGCAGCCACACUCCUCGCGCUGGCCGCGACGGUAGUCCAGGGUCACAUGGAGAUGUCGUUCCCUCCGCCUCUGCGGUCCAAGUUCAACUCGCUGGCCACCACCAAGGACAACGACAUGACGGCCCCUCUCUCGCCCUCGGGCGCCAACUACCCGUGCAAGGGCUACCUCUCGGAUCUUGGCACCCCGGGCGGCCAGUCGGUCGUCACCUUCACCCCCGGCCAGAAGAGCAACAUGACCAUCGUUGGCGGCGCUGCUCACAACGGCGGCUCGUGCCAGGCCUCGCUCUCGUACGACAAGGGAAAGACUUUCACCGUCAUCCAGUCCAUCAUCGGCGACUGCCCCGUCAAUGGCGGCUCCAGCUUCGACUUCACCAUCCCCGACGACGCCCCCGCUGGUGACGCCGUCUUCGCCUGGUCCUGGUCCAACAAGGUCGGCAACGCCGAGUUCUACAUGAACUGCGCUAGCGUCACCAUCGGCGGCACCAAGAACAAGAUCCGCGGCAUGCCCCGUCCCCGCGCCGCCGUCGCCUACUCUGCCCGCCCCGCCAUGUUCGUCUCCAACGUCGGAAACGGCUGCAAGACGGAGAACAUGGUCGUCGACUACCCGAACCCCGGCCCUGACGUCACCCGCAACGGACAGGCCACUGCUCCCUCGUGCGAUGGUGGUGCUGGCAAGGGCCCUGUCGGCGGCGGCGGUGGUAACGGCGGUGGUAACGGCGGCGGUAACGGCGGCGGAUCCGGCAAGCCCUCUGCUGCUCCCGGCGGCGGAAACGGCGGCGGUGCUGCUCCCUCGGCCGCUCCCUCGUCUCCCGCUGCUGCUCCCCCGGCGACCACGCCUGCCACCAAGCCCAUCGCCGCUCCGACUUCUGCUGCCCCCACCAAGGCGACUUCUUCUGCUGGCAGCGGCAAUGGUGCUCCCAGCGUUCCUGGCGGUGUUUUCAUCACCGCCUCCCCCGGCGGAAGCAACUCUGCGGCCCCGACUGCGGCGCCCGCGCCCUCGCCCACGACGUCCAGGGUCGCCGACGGCACGGCUGCUCCCACUGUCCCUGCCCAGCCGGCUGCGCCUACGGGCUCUCCCGCCCCUGCGCCCGCCCCUGCGCCCGGAACCGGCACUGGCGGUGGUUCGGCUGGCCAGCUUAGCGGCAAGUGCAGUGACGAGGGCGCCUACAACUGCAUCGGCGGCUCCAGCUUCCAGCGCUGCGCCUCGGGCAGCUGGAGUGUGCCCAUCUCCAUGGCCCCCGGCACCACCUGCACCGCCGGCCAGUCCAGCACCCUGAGCAUCACCAAGCGUCGCUUCCGCCGCGGUGGCGCCCGUCGGGCCGACACGGCUUGGGAGCGUUCUGAAUAAACUCGGCCGACGCACAAGUAGCAACAACCAUCUCGGCGGCCUUCAUUUUUGGGCCGACUGGGACUGAGGAUGCAUGGGCCUGAGGCUCGACCUUCCUCAUAUUUCACUUCCUUUCACACUCCUUUUUGUGAAUCCCGUUUCUUCUCAUUCAUUCAUGAUGUCUCUUAUGGUAUUGGUAAACGGAACAUACCAAAGGCGCACUUUGGAGGGCGAGCAUAAUCUCGGCCCUCGUUGCAUUUAAUGGCGUUAAGACGGCACGGAACAGGACCCCAUGAUCACUCAUCUUUUCCGAAGACGAGAGGGGCCUCCGGCAUGCUUCUUUUUUCCUUUCACGAUUCUCCUGUACAUAGGGGAGCCCUUUCGUGAGCCUCGCUCUUGGGGCUCUCGAGACCACACAUACUAUAAAAAAGGACAUGUUCUUCCAAAAACUGACUGUUCAAUGAUACAAUGUGACUCGGAA